AUGAAUAAUGAAACUCAUUUAGAAACAUCAGAUGACCUUAAUCAACUUUAUGAAAUUAUUCAUAAUAAAAUACAUACAGAAUUAAAAGAAUUAGAAGAAAUGGAUAAAAAUCUUGAAAAGAAAAAAAGAGAUAUAAUUGAUUUAACUCAAGCUUACCAAAUAGCAAAACAAAAUGCUGAAAUAGAACAAAAAAAAGUAAUUAAUGAAAAAAAGAAGAAUAAAUCUUUAAAAAAACUUUCAUUUAUUAAUCAAAAGUUAUUGUCUAUUAAUGAUGAAAUACAAUCAUGGAUUAAUGAAAAUAAUAUUGAAUUUGAUGAUAUUUCUUCAAUAUCAUAUACUUCUUCUAAUAAUACUUUCUAA